AUGCGUUUAGCUUUUGAAGUGAAGAAGGAAAACAUGAGAAAAGACUUUGAAUGUGAGAAAGAAGAAAUGCAACAGAAUCUCUUGAAAGAGAAAGACAAUAUGCGCUGGAAAUUCAGGAAUCGAGACAUAUUUUCAAGCUGUCUUUCGAAGACGAGAAAUCUGCGUUGAUAAUAUCAUGGGAUCGUGAAAAACAGACUCUUCUCGACAAUUACAUCAAAGAGAAGAAAGAAUUAAGAGCGCAAUUUGAGCGACUUUUAAGGGAGAAAGAGGAAGGAUUUAAAGCCAAAAAGGCUGAAAUGGAAGCGAAGAUUCGCAAAGAGCUUGAGGGAAUCGAGGAAGUAAAAAUGAGCUGAGGAGGACAUUGUCGCAGGGCUUGGGCGACCUGGAGAAUGUUUACUUCGAGGAAAACGCGUAUCUCGAGACCCUCUAUAAUCACGAGCAACCAGAGGUUGAUAUGCACUUUAAAAGUAUAGUAGAUGCCAAAAUGAUCCUGGAUAAAAAGGAGCUGUUGAAAUCGCUCAAACAAGAGAAGACCAAAAUGCAUUCUCACUACGCCAAUAAGCACAAGUUAGUAGAGCACCUGUCCAGUUCGCGUUGGAAAUCGUCAGGGACAUGGAACAGAGGUUCAAACAGCAAAAGCACGAUUUGAUGAACAUUUUUAGAAGGGAAAAAUCGGACAUGGAAGAGGGCUUUAUUAAAGAAGGGGAAGACAUCAGACGUGAAUUAG